GUCCGGAUAGACGACGAGAAAGGCGGGAUGGCGAGCAGCAUCCGCGAUCGCCUCGAGGUCUUCUACACGACGCACAACCCGACCAAGCUCGGUGAGAUCGACAGGCUCCUCUCGCAGUUUGCCGGCGCGGAGGCGACGCUGCUUCAAACGAUGCACCGCAAGUACGGCGUCCGUGACCUCGAGAGUGACGUCGCCGUCGACGAAGUCUACGAGAACGAGCGCUACUCGUUCCUGACCAUGGGGUUUGGCAGCUCAUUUCCAGGCCACCUCACGGUGCUGGACCGGAAGCGCUACAGCGGCAGCCACGGAACGCCCUCGUCCCAGGUCUUUGAGCAAGUCGAGCCGACGUUACCCGAGAGCGCCGACCCGGCGUACCAGUGGGCGUGGACCGGUCCAUGGGAAAUUGACGCGACAUACGUUCCGUGCGACCGCGAUGGUUGGACGUAUGCCUUUGAUUUCUCCAACUUUUCGCCCAUGCUUCUCAAAGACGAAGGCAAGGCAUCGCCUGGCAUGACCGACUAUACGCGACGUCGGCGGUGGGCACGGACGCGCAUCUUGAACCGUGUCGCCCCCGCAGUCGAAGACGUCGAAAUGCCAAUUAAGGUCGAGCUGCAAGAACUGCCCGAGAUUCCACUGCCAGCGCCCGACGCGAACCUCCCGCUCCGCUUCUACUCGAAGAACCUCUCUCUCGAAUCGCACAAGAACGCGUGGAGCCACCAAGUGAAUAAACUUCAAAAGCUCCACGCACGUCUCGAGCACAUCAUGGCCGGGCGCCACCUCAUGUGGAAGCGAACCAAGGUCGAGUUGAAGGCGCAGGUCAAGUCCACACUCGCCACGGUCAACGAUCUGCGUGCCCAAAUCGCCGCCGACGAAAAGCGUGGUGUGAAGGACCUUGCGACGCAGUCGUCGCUCGACGUGCAGCUCGCGCACUACGAAGACCUGAAGCGGCGCAUAUGGUUCCCGAAAGAGAAGGGGUACCUCCUGCGCGGCAACCUCAUCGGGCUCUUCGUCGGCAUCAAAGACAUUUGGGUCGACACGAUCAAGGUCCAAUUCGGCGCGUCCAUUUCGCCCUUGCCGGACGGCACGGUGCGCUGCCACGUCACGUUUAAAGGCCAAGUCACUAUUCGGCUGCACGGUGUCAAACUCAAGGCAGAGAAGGGCACGCGCGUGCCCAACUCGCGCUGGUCGUCCGUGUUUCUCACCACGCAGUGCGUUGGAGACCUCGUCCUUCUCUACAACGCUACGGACGGUCACUGGACACCUGAACCGUCCAAAGGCAUUGAAUUUUACAAAAUGCAGCUCAAAGUGACAGGCGGCCUCGACCUUCCCGAUGGGCUCUUCAAGAUGCUGCUCACCGAAGUCGCCAACAUGUUAGUGCAGGAAGUACUUUUUGCACACUUUCCGCCGGAGCUCGGCCCCCUUUUCCAACACGAGUCGUCAGCAUUCGAGGUGCGCGGCGAGCUUCAAGUCGAAGGGCCUGCGAUUGCCAAUCUUGUGGACGCGACGCUCGAGCCCGUGAACGAACGCGAAGAAAGCAAGAUGCCGGUGCAGGCAUUUGACGAUGUUGCGACGCUACUCGGCUUGACGCGCUCGCAGCUCAACUUGCUCGUGGGCCUGCGUGGGUUCCUCUUGUGCCCCCACCGCACUCUUUCCAGUCGCUGCGAGCUAUCGCCACGUACUUUCGAACGUACUGGCUGGCACCUCACGCCAUGGACAACGUCGAGCCCGUCCUCGCCGAGUGGACACAAACGUGGCAGCACCUGCUGGAACUGCUGCUUCUCCAGCGCCAGCUCGAUCCUCGCGGGUGCACGUACGAGCUCUUUGACUUUAAAGCGUGUGUGCUGAGCACCAAGCGCGAUGUACUCGACAAGCACGUACCCUGCCGCGUGCAGCUGAGUCACUUGGUCUGCAACAUCCAGCUCGCCAACG